CUUCCUAGAUUUCCCCCUCAAUAAAAUAAAAGCGCUCUUCCCGCGCGGAUGGAGCUGGAAGCCAUUUUCUGCACGGGAAGAUCCCACAGUGUCCACAUGAAGGGUGUCAACCCGUAACGUGGACUCUCUCCUCGGAUGCUGGACGACUCGCUGAGUUCUCGCUUGUUGCUCCAGAUUCCGGCAUCUCCCGCGAGAUGCGUUGGUUGAGCACAGUACUCUCCACCCCAUCUUUUUCUGCAAAUAAUUUACUUUUUUCAGUGGUGUGGAUUCUACUGGGGACUCCAACCUGGACUAAGGAGAGCAACAUAGGAUGAGAGGUGACCUGAUAGAGGUGUAUAAGAUGAUGAAAGGCAUUGCUCGUGUGGAUAGUCAGAGGCUUUUUCCCAGGGCUGAAAGGGCUAACGCGAAAGGACACAGUUUUAAGUUGCUUGGAAGUCAGAGGAAAUGUCAGGGGUGUGUUCAUAUUUCUCUACACUGAUUGUCCAAACUAAAAACACAGAGCCAAAGUCUACUGUCAGAGUUAUUUUUCUCCCGGGCAGGUGCAUGUGAAAAGCACCAAUAACAGUAUGAGUUCAAGUAUUCUUCAGAAAGACUGGUACAAGGUUCUGGGAUCAGAUCCAUCAGACAGUCCACAGAAGUUGAAACAAAAUUAUCAGAGACUAAUCCUACUGUAUCAUCCAGAUAAGCAGAGUGCAGAUGUGCCAGCAGGAGAACUUGAGGAGCGUGCACAGAGGUUCAUCGAAGUUGAUCAGGCAUGGAAAAUACUAGGGAAUGAAGAGACAAAGAGAGAGUAUGACCUGCAGCGUCGUGAGGUGGCCCUAACACAGAGGUGGCCAGUUGAUGCUCAAGUUCCUUUGGAAGACAUGGAUUGGAUUGAAGCUGACCAAAGCUACACCUACAGUUGCCGAUGUGGUGGUGAAUAUAUUCUUCCUGUAGAAGAGGCAGAAGAAAACUUGUUUCUCAUCUGUUGCAAUACCUGUUCCCUCAGCAUCGAGAUCUUGAACAGAAGUUGAAAUCUUUCAAUUACACUUUUCUUUUUAAUUAUUUAUUUGGAAGAUAAUUAGGUCACAUUGUUUUCAGUAGCCAUAGAAGAAUGGGAACUAGGAAUGCAAACUGUGGGUAAAUGAACUACUCAGCUGCCUAGUCCAGUCACGUUUUAAAUGGUUCAUUCAGUCAAAUCAAAAACAGAUUGCAAGAUUCAAUACAACAGCAGCUUAAUAAAGCCAAAUUGGUCAAUAUGUAGUUUCAUGGCAAGUAUGUGACUUGCCCUGCCAAACAGAAUUAUUGGAGCAGCCAUUUAUGUUCAGUUUUUUUAAUUUAUGGAGAACAACAUGAACUCAUCUUGCAAAGGAGGAUCAGAAAGAGUUGAAAAGGGCUUGAGGCUCCUGUAGGCACGAGUAUUUCUGCCUGCGUCAUCCACUCCUCUUCUCAUCAACUCCAAGGUCAAGACCAGAAUGCUGAAAUUGUGUUUAACUAUAGAAUUUGAUAUUAAUUAAAAUUUGGGUGAUUUUUAUUUGUUUGUCUUAUUCCU